AUGGUUGGAGAAGGUUAUCUGCAACAAACUGGCAUGCUAGCUGACUCCUUCACUUGUGGACUUUGCCAGAAACCCUGUGGGAACAGAACUAAUUAUACUGUUCAUCUUAGGAUCAAGCAUGCCAAGGAACUGCCUUAUGAGUGUCAUGUGUGCGAAGAGAGAUUCCCUACUGAGGCCGUUCUGAAGGACCAUGCACAAACCAAUCACCAGUCGGGAGACAAGGACUAUCGUUUCAAAUGCGGUGCUUGCGGAGCAAGGUUCAGGCUGAAGCUCGAUCUUCAUGCCCACAUGCUUUCUCACAAUGAAUAUGAACUGUUCCCCUGCCACCUCUGUCAGAGGACCUUCUCGGAAAGGGAAGAACUUUCAGAGCACUUAUGUGAGCAUAUGAAAGCUCGGAACAAGAGAGUCCGCUGUCCCUUGUGCGGUAAGCUCUUCAACCGAGCUCGAAAUCUUGCCAUCCAUCUCGGGACCCAUAGUGCUACAUACAUAUGCCAGCUUUGUGAGAAUAAAACUCGGAUGCUGGAAUGCGAGACAUAUGAUGAUCUUCAGGCCCUUCUUGGCAUGAAUACAACUGCACUUUUGCAUACUUCUGAAGAAAACCAUUUCAAACAAGAAGAACCUUCAGAUAAUCGGGAAACGCUUGUAUGUAAACUAUGUCGGACAACUUUAGCAAAUGUACAGGAACGCAGUAGACAUCAUUGCAAGGUUUAUCACUGCAGGAACUGCUCAAAAUAUUUUUGCUGUCCAGACCCCUUGGAUGCUGAUGGAAAGCCCUGGGAUGUUGAGGAGAAUUAUCUGUGUCACACCUGCAUCCGUUCUCUUUGUCUCAUGGACAAGAUGCCACCAGAUGAAACGUCUACCUCGGUAGAUAGGAUUACGGCCAAGUGCUGGAUAUGUGCAGAGACCUUCUCCAAGGUGAUCCCAACCUAUCACAAGGUAAUUAUGAAACUGCCAAGUCCUAACCAGUCAUGCUCCGAUGACGAACCAGAAAACCUUUCUCUCAGCUUGCAAUGCAAAAUAUGUGGCAAUGUAUACCCCAAAAUGUCAGACUUGCAGAAGCAUUACAUGAUCCAUGAACUAAACCACUUAUAUCGAUGUAGAUUUUGCGAUACAAUCUGGGAUAGGAAGAGGAUGUACAGGCGCCAUAUGCAGACCCACAAGGUAAAGCCUUACAGGUGUCCAAAGUGCUACAAGGCAUUCUCAAAUGAGAAUCGUCUUAGGAGACACAUUGAUAAGCACGUGAGAAGGCACCUUAAAAGAAAGGGACAAAUUCAUUCUGAUCCUUCUUUAAUUUUCUCUGCUAGUGAUGGGGCAAAGAAGAGGUUUAAUAAGAAACGAAAAAAGCGGGCAAAAGGGAAGAUGAAAAAGAAAUCGAAAAGGAAGGUGAAAACUAAAGGUAAAAAAACAGACGCAAAUGCUGGAGAGAAUGGAGAUGUGUUAGAACCGGGAAAGUGUUUGCAGGUAGAACACCGAAAUGUCUACCAGAGGAAAGGAGAAGAGUCUGGGAAAUAUGUCUGCGACAUCUGCAACCUGUCCUGCGUAAACAAUCUGCACCUUUACAACCACAAGAUGGUCCACGCGGGGCAGAAGAUACGCCCAUGCGACAUUUGCGGGCAAGGUUACAGAUCGAAUUACGAACUCAUGAAGCACAAAGAAGACCAGCACAGUCAGUGCCACUGCCAGAUCUGCGGCAAAGGCUUCCUGUCCACAAGCGAUCUUGAGGUUCACCACAAGGAGAAGCACGUGAAGGAUCCGUUGACUUGCGCCACAUGUGGCAAGGUGUGUGUGAACGAGCGCCAUCUGGAGAAUCACCGCGUUGUCCACACUGGCAGGAAGCUCUUUGUUUGCGAAUUCUGCGGGCAAGGUUUCCAUCUUCGCUACGCCCUGGUCGAGCAUUUGGGGAUCCAUACCGGCCAAAAACCCCAUCGCUGUGAUAUCUGCCAACAGAGUUUUUCCCAAACUGAAGACCUGCUACAACACAAGAAGUUGAUGCACAGUCAAGAGCAUCCGGGACUUGUCAUUGGAAAUGACUUCAUCAAGGAAGAGCCUAUAGAAGAAGUUGAUCAUUCAGGCCAGUCAUUAAAUGCCUUCAUCGAAAAAGAAGAAAUAGAGCAUCCGGGACUAGUCAUUGGAACUGACUUCAUCAAGAAAGAAGCUAUAGAUCAGAUUCAAGAAGUUGAUCAGUCGAUACAGUCAUAUAAUUCUGAUGUGGAUAAUUGA